UCACCGCCGAGGUCUCACUUCUCCUCACCGUCGCCGUCGAGGUCUCACUUCUACUCGCCGUUGCCGUGAAUCUCUCUCUUUGUCGCUGUCAAACCGGCUCUUUCUCUCUCUGACCCUUCAUCUGCGAUAUGUCUGCAUUGAAAGAAGAUCAAUGAGAAACCUUGUUUCCUUGUUCGCCUGUUUGUAGCUCGUUUAUAAGUUGAACCAAUCUGGGUUGCGCACUCCUCAGUGUACACUUCAAGGCACCCUCACGAAACCACAAGAUCUGAGUGUAACCAAGCGCCUUGUUUCAUUGUGGGGGAAGAGGUUCGGAGAAGAAGUGGAUCAAGAUCUUAAUAUUUACCUGCAAGUGACGUAGACAGGUUUUUAAGGAUGCCUAGGAAACCAAGGUACAAUAUUAUACGGGAACCCCCGAAAGAUGCCGGAACUAAUGACGGUACUGAGGAGACAACGGUUGGGACCACGACUAGAGGAGCUCAGACAUCACGGGAGGAAACACGUGAUAGGGUUCCUCCGAUAUCAUCCUCAGCUAAUAGAGCUCCGGCAACCCGUAUGAAUGAACCGUUUCGUGCACCGCGCAUCGACCAUAGGAAUGCACAAUCGAGUACUACUGAUGACCCUCAAACUCCAACAGACAACAUAGAGACUCGGCAUCGUGCGGAAGUGGCUGAUCAUGAAUUAGCGGAUGAGGAUUACGACCUAGAGGCGGAUGAAGUUCCAUCGUUUGAUGACCACAUCGACGACUUGUUUGCUGCCCAAGAAGUCGAAGGUCAGCAUAACAACAAGAAAGCCAAAGAUACAGAUUUCUGGGAAGUUACUGUUAUCGAGGACGGUGUCAGAAAAGUUUCUAAGCUGAGUGUGAAGGAGGCUAUAGCCCUCCCUUCUAAUACGAAGAUAGUACUCCCAUUUAACAGUCAGCUGCAAUCGAUUGGUCAGGCGGCAGGAUUACUAAGUGGUUUCAUAGGGAAUUUGGGUGCGGAUUAUUCCCAGUUCCCCAUAUACUUAGAAAGUUGGAAGCUGGUGAGCAAAGCAAAGAGGGAUCAUGCGUACAACAUGCUUAAGCGGGUCUUUUACUAUGAGGAUGACACUGGAGGAAAAAUAAAGCGUGAUAUUUUGAAGAGGAUAGGAAAGAACUGGAAGGAUUCAAGACACCACUUGUUUCAUAGGUGUUACAAACAAAUAAGGACUUAUGAGGAAAAUCUUCGGCAUCACCCGAAAGGAAUAGACAAAAAUAAUUGGAAAAAGUUCGUUGACUAUCGCCUGAAUGAAGAAACGCAGGAGAGAGAGCAAGGAAGGCCCAUUUCACAGAAUGACUCGUUAGCACAAGUUCUCGGAAAGGAGCACCUAGGACGAGUUCGUGCCCUAGGUGCUGGACCAUGUCCCACCCAAAUCUUUGGUAACGCUGCUGGAAUACCAUCGGGUUCUGCAGAGUCCAAUGCAGAGGAUAAGAGGAUGAUUGCAGAAUUGACGGCUAAGCUAGAAGAAGAGCGGGCGAAGAGACAAUCAAUAUAUAAGGUCUUGGGAUAUGUAGUCCAACAGUUAGGAGGCAAUUUGCCAGUUGAGAUUGCUGAAGAGCUGGCUUUUGUGGGCGGUACACCGGACUCGUCAUGCGUAGGGCCAUCUUCAUCUGGAAACCACGACCCGCAACAAAAACUUUGA